AGCGUUCCGAUCCUCAGAGUAGGAGGAAAAGGUCCUGUGUAUCUGUAAUUUUCUGUUCUACGAGCUGUCCGUUCUUUAGUGAGAGAUAGCGGAAAGCUGAUGGUAUUUCGACAUGGCCAAAAAGAAGGAUUAUAGCAGUAUUCCUAUGGAUUUGAAGGGAGAGACGGAUUUUUCCCAACUCUGGGACGCCGUUCUGAACAGGGACACAGCCAAAUGUCAAACACUGCUGCAAGGAAAUUCUGACCUGAAGAAAAAAAUCAAUAUAAAGAAGAACAAGUGCUCUAUUUUGCAUUUACUUGCAAGUAAAAUAACAAAGGAAGAGGGAACCGACAUUGUAAAGUUGCUCGUAGAUAACGGAGCCGAUAUCCGAGCAGAAGACAGGGGUAAAAACACCCCCCUUCACUUGGCUGCGAAGGAAGGCCUGGAAAGUUUCUGCCAAACGCUCAUUGAACUCCAGGAAGCGCAGGGAUCGAGUCCCAGACUGAAUGCGAAGAACGCGGUGGGGAUGACGCCGAUGCACCUGGCGUCCAAAAUGGGAUAUUCCAAAAUUGUGAAAAUAUUCCUUGACAGGAAAGCGAAUCCUAAUGUAGUUGAUCAUGUUCAUUUGCUGCCCCUUCAUUAUGCAGCCGAGGGAGGAUUCAUUGACUGUUGCACGUUGCUGUUUCCUUUUUAUGCAGGAGACGAAUUUCUUAAGCCAUUCGUGAAAUCCCCGCUCAUUCUGGCCGCUCAGGGGGGAUGGCAUGGAUGCCUUGCAGUGAUGUCUGGUGGGAAAGUAGACAGCAACAGAAAAGGCCCAAGAGAAAACACAGCAUUGCAUAUGGCCGCAAGUUCAGGUUAUACACUUUCUGUCAAGGAGCUUAUAAGAAUGGGAAGUAAUAUUAAUGCGGAGAACAAAAGUGGAAACACUCCAAUAAUGGGAGCAACCGAAGAAGGUUUUUUGCAUGUUGCAAAACUUUUGGCAGAGAUGAACGCUAAAUUAAAUACCAAAAACAAAGAAGGCAAAAAUCUUCUCCAUUUAGCCGCUUGGCAUGAAUCGGGGGAGUGCAUGGACUUUUUCUUAAACAAAGUCACAAAUAAGGAAGAAAUCAUAAAAAUGAUUGAUGAACAAGAUUGUCACGGAUAUACACCUCUUCAUUAUGCUCUCAAGAAGAGUGGAGAGAGGAAUGCUCUACUGUUACUGGACGCCGGUGCUUCCAUGAAGAUGAAAUCCAAGAACAGCUCUAAGACUUGUUUACACCUGGCGGUAGAAAAUCACAAGAGUACCGCUGUCAGUAGAAUCUUGAAAAGUGGAGACUACGAACUGGACGCCGAACUAAGAACUAAAGAGACACCGUUCCUCCUCUCAGCCAAACUAAACUCGUACGACAUAUGCCUCCAGCUCUCCUACAAAGGUCCUCGAAAGAAUGCGGUCAACAUGUAUGGGCAGACGGCUCUUCAUCUAUGUGCUCAGUAUGGACAUCCGUCUGUAAUGAAACGAUUGCUCAAUCUCGGAGUAGAUAAAUUUGUCAAGGAUGAUAAUGGCUCAGAAGCCCUGCACACUGCCGCAGGGAGGGGGAAUGUUGAGUGCUGUAGAUUGCUCACAGAAGCUGGUAAAAUGACCUGUAAAGUUAAAGAUAACAGUGGUAGAUAUCCACUCAACGUUGCUUUUGAAAAAGGUCAUCGUGAUGCGUUCAAUUUUCUUCUGAACAGUCUGCCCUAUAAGUCUUUCCAAAAUCUGCCCGGUGGACUGCGAAUAGCCAUCCGGUCUAUUGCCCACGCCGCCUUGGAAAACCGAACCAGAUGGGCGGUGGAAGGAGUGAUUAACAGCGCGUUCUGGGAGGCCGGCUUCGGAGCGUCCGUGGUCAACAAAGUGGACCCGGUUAGCAAUGCAAAUAGGAAUAUACCUUGCGACAACUUCAGGAUUCUAAUCACCCUUUAUCCGGAUCUCGCUCGAAAGGUCCUGGACAAGUGCAUCAGCAUCGAUUCCGUCACCAAGAAGACGGUCUAUGACUUCAGGAUUUUCGAAGACAACUUCUUCAUUGGGAAAGAUAUUAAGAAAAGUCCAUUCGACUUCUCAACAUGGAAGCUCUUACCCGAGGCGGAAGACCUGUAUCCUGAUAAAACAGAGUGGAUGAGAAAACAUCCUGUAAACAUUAUGUCAGGGAGUGAGUCUGUCCAUCUGCUUCAGCAUGAGUUAACGACGGCAUGGUUAAAACAUAAAUUUGUGACGUACUUAUGGCUUCCGUUUAUGCUGGUACUACUCGUUCAGCUGUUUUCUGCAUUCGCGCUCAUGGGGUAUAUGUGGACAGUCCGGACGUGGGAGCAAUUGGCAAGAAAUAAUAACAUGACAGUCGAAGAAAUAUGUGCUGAACAACCGGACUUCCUCAAGGAUACAGAGGCAACGAAAGCAUUCUAUUCACUUACAGUAAUCUUGUUUUUAUGUGAUAUGGUGAUAGAAGUUCUUUAUAAGGUGCGCUUACGAGUGCACAAGUACGGUUCUUUUGGAGCAAGAUUCUUUGUCUUGAUUUACGCAGCCUGGAUGUUGGCGGUGCUUAUCCCGUUCCCCUACUGCGGCCUGGUCAGCCUGGGAGUUAGAUGGGUUUACCUUUGGGAGUGCGGCAUUUUGUCAAUUCUGAUGAUGUGGGGCCGCAUUGGGAACACCGUGAGCAAAGUACCUUUUGCAUCAGUUUUUACGCCAGUGACUCGGGAGUUUGUGCUUUCUUUUCUAAAGGGCAUAUUAUAUGUUCUGACGGUACUGUUCCUUUUUGCUUACACCUUCUUCUUACUGUUUUCAGACCAUGCAGCUUUCAGUACAAUAUAUCAGGCAUGGGUGAAAUCUGUGACGUGGAUGUUUGGAGAUCUGGGUUACGAUGAUACAUUCAUAGAGCAGUCAGUUUACUACCCAGUCUUUUCCAAUGUCCUUUUUCUCGUUUUCCUGUUAGUCAUUGGUAAUGUGAUUGUCACACUGGUGAAGAGUCCUGCAAUUGAUGAAGAAGAAGUGGAACUCCAAAGGCUGAUGAAAUUUGCACAAAUGAUCCUGAAAUUUGACGUGUGUUUUCAGUGCUGUAGAAAAAAGGCAGUCAGAGGUGGAACAACCAAUCUAGGUUUUAUGCAGAGACUGAAGAAAAACAUUUUUGAAGACUGUUAUAAAUUCUGCGGAAGACGCCAUGUUGUUGCCUGGACAUAUAGUACUACAUACAGUUACAUGUUUCAUCUUCAGAAACGUUUGCUGCAUUUUUUCCUAGGCUCUUGGCUUGUUGAGAAAUCGUCAAACCAACACAAUGCUGAUGGAGGUUACAAUAAUGAAGAAAUUAAUCGUAAAUUAGAAGAAAUUAAGGGUCUGUACAAUCGUAUUACUGACAUUAUUCGAAAGCAUGAAGAUGAAAUUUCACAGCUAACCCAGAGGCAGCUGAAAAACUGAACACCUGCAUACGGUUGAACGCACAGCUCGAAGGUGAGGUCUUGUUAUACCGAGUUUCUAUUCGCAAAUGUAUAGCAUUAUAAUUUCUAGUUUACAUUGUUGUAGGCCAUAAUUUACACAUCAUUUUACAUGAUAAUUAAGUGUUAUUAGCAGGGUGUUGCAAAAACAUAUGGUUAAAUUAUGAGAGAUUUUACAACAGUAUCUCACAUAAUAGAUAAGCCGUGGUAGUAGAAACAUUUGUCCCCACGACUUUUUAAACUUUUUUGUGCGUCACGAACACGGUAUCUUCUGAAAGAAUCGCUCAGGCAAGAAUAGAAAGUUGGAGAACAUGCUACCAUAAACUGUGAGUGCUUUGUGGUACCGAAUAUGGAUCUGCUGCUCAGGUAUUAAUUACACGUACUCUAUAAAAUUUAGGUUAAACUCUAUCUUAGUAGAAACAACAUUCAACAAGAUAACACAUAACGGUGAGACAGGUACAGGUACGUUUGACAUCAAACAAAUGAGAUGUGGAUUUAGUAGUAGCGGUUGCUAUAAUCACUCAGGGAGUAGCGUGGCAUAGACCCUGGCCAUGCUGAGGAAAUAUUCAGUUGUACAGACUGCUUAAAGGUCGAAGACCAUCACAAUUUCAUCAGGUUUUAAAAUAUGUGUUUACACUGUUAUUGAUUUCUGGAAAAUACAGCCUGUAUAAGCUCAUUGUUAACAUUAAAAUAACUGAUGCAAGCU